AUGUCUUCUCCAGAAGCAUUCAUAGAGCAGUUGGACGAUAGAGAAAAGGCUUUAUAUUCCGAAUUGCGUGAUAAAGCUAUUGCUAAAUAUUCAGUUAGUGAUCCAAACAUUAAACUUGGCCAAUUAAAUGAAGAAGUCAAAAAGCAAUUCACACUCUUAAAAUGGAUCCUUGAUGUUGACGAGAAGAAACUUCAAUUUGGCAACAAUGACUUAGAAAAAAUGAAUUUAACGUUUGGCCCAGAUUUAACAUCUUUACCAAGAUACAGGUUGAAAGUAGCAGGACCAUUCAAAAAUGUAACUCAUACUCCUGUAAAGCAUAAUCAUACACAAAAUAGAUACAAUCGCUUUGUCAAAGAGCAAAGUGCUUUAGAAGAAUUCAAAGAUAUGGCUCCAACCGAAAGAAUGAAGGUUUUUGGCAAGAAGUGGAAUGAACUAACCGAGGAAGAAAAGAGCAAAUAUGCUUAA